AUGCUUUUCGUUGAGUCGGAAGCACUUGAGAAAAGCCCACAGCCUUCUGGAGAUACUUCUUGGAAGAAAUUAUUCCGUCUGACGAUCUGUGAUGGAGAUACAGUGGCGCAACAGGUUUCGCCAAGCAGCAACGAGUCGUCACGGGUCAGCGUAGGAGUUGCCACUUUGGAGGCUCCUUCAAAAGUAUGGGUGCGUGCUCUAGCAAAUCAAUAUGUUCUCGAGAGGAAGAUCCUCCACUCCAACUUAUGA